AUGACACGAAAAAAUAGCCGAACGGCUAUUCAAAUUGGUGAAAGUGAUGACAAUAUUUUAGAUAAAAACGAAAAGUUAUGUUCAUGUGUUAUCGCACAAAGCCCUGAUGGAAAGCUAUUGGUUAAAUAUAAAAAAACAAGUGGAAAGUUAGUCUUUUGGUCGAUAAAUGACUCCGGUGCUAUUUCAAUGCAAGAUGAAAUCGAAAUUCCUUUACUUGAGCCUAAUAGUCAAAAUAAUGAUGGAUCCCACGAAUAUUCAUUGGCUAUUUCAAACACCGUCGAUAAUACAACAUACGUUCUACUUUCAUACUUUGAAAAAAGUAAAAUUCUUUACGAUUAUGAGUUUAAUAAAAGGACAGUAUCGCAAAUUAAAUUCAAUUCAGCAUCAACUCCCGAAGCUCAACUAUUCGAAGAUAUAGAAAGCAAUAAAACAUAUUGUAUAGCAAUAAAAAACUUUGAAUCUAAAAAAGCUUCUGCUUCUCUUCAAUUCUCUGGUGUAGUGAAGAUCUUUCAAAACUUGGAUACCGUUAUAUUAAAUAGCAAUGGAUUUAUUCGCUUCAAUCUUAAAGAACUUGAGAAUACCACCGGGUUGUUUCAAAGAUUUAUCUCUGGUGACCUUUUUCGUUUCAAUCUAAAAAAUCAUAAAAAUCCAGAUCACAUCGUCAAAGGAUUUCUUCAAAGAUUAGAUACUGGCGUAUUUAUUCGUUCUAAUCUCGAAAACCUUUCGUUAAAAUCCAAUGAAUUCUAUAUCUAUCCGUUACCAUUAGAAAUGGAUAUAAAAUAUAUAAAACAUGAAAAGGAUCCGGAUCAA